CGUAAUAUGGAGACAAAAGAAUGUAUAUAUAUAAGAGGCGACAUUUUAUCAACAUUUGUCUUGGGGUCCCAAAUCUUUGGAGUGGGUAAAGAGAUAACGAUGCCAUGGACAUUAUCACUCCACAGGGUAACGUGAGGCUCUCAUUCUGCUAAAGAAAAACAAGAUUUAGCUUUUGGGUAGAGGGAGACAAUGAAGAAAGAAGUUGAGAAUGAAGGAUCAUGAGCAGGAACUCGAAAUAGUCAAGGCGGUUGCACAGGCCUGGCAUGGCCGCAACUCCGGCAAUACUGCCACAGCCACCAAGGAAUUUGAGGCUUACAGAAACAAUUUCAAGAGCAAGCCCAGUCGUUUCAAGCUCGAAGCAGCCAUGAACAAGGAAUGCCGCAAGCAGGGGUCCGUCGUCGUCGGUCCGGCCGGUCCCAGCAGUUGGGAUUUUGGGCAGUCCUUAUGGGAUUCCUACGAGAUCGUAACCUUGUCAAAGAGGCUAGAGGCAGGUCUAGUAUUGGGGUUGGAUCACCCGAUCCCGAUGUGUAUACCUGAAGAUUCGAAUCAUCAGGGAAGUAGGAAACGUAAAGAAAGCAAAAAUAGUUUGAGAAGUUUGUUUAACAGAUUCUCUUCAAGAAGAUUUGAUCAUGUGCAUAUCCCCCGAGACGAUCAUCAAUUUUGAUACGAUACAGAUGGAGAUACAAAUCAAAUGCUUUGUCUCACUGCAGUACGUUUUUGUAUAACUAGAUGGCCAAAUAAUUAAUCGUCAUAAUAAAUUUCUGUCGAGGCUUUGGGAA